AUGUCCUCCAAAAAUCCAUCCAACCUGACAAGGGUGGACAAUUGUCCCCCUGAGAAAAUCCUGGAGGAUGCUGCUAGCCUCGAGCAGACAUACAUGGAAAGUGGCCUGAGUCGCGAGGAUGCAGCCUUCCUUGCCAGCUUUCCAGAUAACUUGCGGACAAAAUGCAUUCGGAAGAUUGACUGGCGUCUCUGCCCGGUGUUGAUGCUGCUGUAUCUAUUUUCUUAUAUUGACCGAGCAAAUAUUGGGAAUGCCAAAAUUGAAGGCCUGUUACCCGACUUGGGUAUGUCUGGCACGCAAUACAAUAUCGCCUUGGCCAUCUUCUUUAUCCCCUAUGUCCUAUUUGAGGUUCCCAGCAAUAUUUUGAUUGCUAGAUUCAAUAAGCCAUCGGUUUAUUUAGCAAUUUUGGUUCUUUGCUGGGGCAUUGUUGUGACCUUAACAGGGGUCGUCCGAGACUUUUCCAGCCUCUGCGUGGUUCGUGUCUUUUUAGGCAUCUUUGAAGCUGGAUUCUUCCCAGGAGCCGUCUGGCUUACGACGCAGUGGUAUCUGCCACAUGAGCUUCAAACCAGAAUAGCAAUAUUCUAUACUGCCAGUGCACUUUCUGGCGCAUUUUCCGGGCUUCUGGCAUUUGGCCUGGCCAAGAUGGAUGGUGUUGGUGGGUAUGCUGGCUGGAGGUGGAUUUUUAUUAUCGAAGGACUUGCCACUGUCCUGCUGGCAGGUGUCUGCUACUGGUGUCUAGUGGACUCUCCUGAGCUUUCUAGUCGAUGGCUAGAAUCUCAGGAGAUUCGCUUUCUAGUACUACGGAAACAAGCCCAGAAAGGACGCCUUGUGCUCGAUGAUAGUGCUGGCAAAUUCGACUGGAACUCGCUUUUCAAGGUGAUUACUGACUGGCAUAUUUACCUGCAGGUUCUGAAUUUCUGGUCGAAUGUUAUUCCAAACUAUGGCCUGAAGUUCACCCUGCCUCAGAUUAUAACCAACAUGGGAUAUAGUUCUGCAAACGCACAGCUUCUCUCAAUGCCCCCUUAUAUAGCAGGAGCAUUAUCCGCCUAUCUCUUUGGACUCGCCGCUGACAAGUUACGAUGGCGUAUGCCAAUUAUGGUUGUCUGUCAAGCUUUGGUUAUUAUUGCCUUUUCCCUCCUGUUUUCAUUGUCAGAAAAUAUCCAUAACAACAUCCCUGCCUGUUAUUUUGGAGUUGUUCUUGCCUGCAUUGGCUUAUACCCUAUCGUCCCCGCGGCGAAUGCAUGGACAGCCAACAACCUCGCAGGAGCUCGGAAGCAAAGCAUUGGAAUAGCUUUCAUGCUUAGCAUUGCUAAUACAGGCGGGCUCGUUGGUUCCUUUAUUUACCUUGAGAAAGAGGCCCCGACAUAUCCGACUGGGUUUGGAAGCUCCUUUGCCUUUGCAGCGGCGGGCAUGGUCGCAAGUAUUAUUCUGGAACUGCGAUUCUGGUUCGUGAAUAGACGAAACGCUAGGAUGAGCAGGGAGGAAAUUGACCGGAAGUAUACAGCGGAGGAAUUGCAACUGCUGGGGGAUCGGUCGCCGCUGUUCAAGUACACGCUUUAA